GAAGCUGGGACAUGUAGUCUAGUUUCCUGCUUAGGAAGAAGAGGAUAAUAUGUUUUGACAAAGAGGCAGCAAUCGAUUUCUAUCAUCUGGAAGAGCUUGUAUAAGAUAAGAAAUGCUUGAAUCAUGGGUAUACAGUAGAAAUUGUAAAGUUAUUUGGGCCUGCUAUUUAUUUUGGGGGAAUUUCAUAACUUCUGAUUCAAUUGAAUGGACACAUAUUCAUUUAGGUUUCCCAUUACUUCUGAGUUAUGUUUGUAUUUUUAACCACUUAACUUAUUUUCUGGCUGCUGGUGCUGUUACUUUGGGAAUUGGUUUCUUUGCUUUGGCAUCAGCUUUGUGGUUCCUUAUUUGCAAACGAAGAGAAAUAUUUCAAAAUUCCAAAUUUAAAGCAACUGAUGAGAAAUGGAAGCAAAGAUCACCAAGGAUGAACACUAAAUUUCAUUCUGAGUGUGUUUUUAUUUCUCGAAAUUUUCAUACAGGAAGAUUUCAAAUACAGGAGGAGCAAAGAAAAAAGGAAACAGCACACAAAAAAGCAAUUGAAGAUCAAUCUAAAGAUGAACUCUGCCCUGCAACAAAAAAGAUCAUUUGUGACCCCUCAGAGAUUAGCUCUGUAACAAAUGACAGCAGUGCUACUUUAAGUUUAUCAACAUUACCAUCUGAUUCUUAUUACAGCCAAAGUAUAGAAGCAGCUGAUGACUGGUUUUCUGAUGAUUCUUUAUCAACAAAGAGCCUUUCAGUGCCUUUUCCUGGGGAACCUUUGAUGGAAAAAGUAUUUUCAUACUUGUCAACGAUUUCAUUAGACGAAUGUAAUGGAAAUGUACUGAAUAAGACACAUUUUGAUGAUCAAAAAGAUGACAACAUUAAGGAAAUAUUUACAAGAAGAAAUACAGAUGUUGAAAUACAAAACAUUGAACAUAAUAUUGAAUGAUUUUUUUUCUUUUGAAAAUGUGUGUACACUGAAGUCAUGUAAAGUUCAACUGAAUUACCAGCUUUUGAGUCUUUUACCAUGUUCGUGUUAAUAUUGUCUUUCUUGUUCUUUACCAUGGACUAGUCCUAUGUCCUUACUGGUUCUUAUUUCUAGAAACAAAAUAACAAGAACUAGAGUUAUAUCAUGAACACUUAGCUUAUAUUAACUCUUUGUAUUUUUAUCAACGCACACAAUAAAUAAUUCAAAUGUAUCUCAACAUGUAGAAUAAAUAUUUUAAGAUAUCUUCAGUAAUAAAUUAUUCAAAAAUAUAUUUUUGAAUAAACAUUCACAGCAUUUCUUUACA